AUAGUGUCGGACGGAAGUUAUUGUCCUAAUUGAAGGCAUGUUUUUUUUUUCAUCUCAAAGCCAUGAGUAGAAAUUAAGAUUAGUGGUUAGAAAAACGGUUAAUUUGAUUUUGAGUAUUGCAACCAAAGCAAAAUUAGUUACGGAUCGGUUUGAAUUUCCUCCACGAGGGCACCUCGAAUUCACCGGCAACCAAAAAGCUUUGCGUGUUCUUCGUGCCCUUCUUUUUUUUUUUUGGUUAAAUUCUUCGUGCCCUUCUUCUUCUUCUUCUUCUUCUUCUUCAGUUCGUUCAGAAAUACUUCGGCGAUUCCGAGCCGACCAUUUUGAGUCUUGCUCUUGGGUAUCUUCAUCGGCUUGAUUCUCUCUCGCGCCUCCUCGGGAUUCAGUACAGUUCCAGUGCUGAAACAUGUCAACGUCUCAGAGUUGUCCGAUUCGGUGUGUGAUGGGUAUUACAGGGUCUGCAAUCCCGAAAUGACCACGGAAAUUCCGACUCUGAUCCGCUUUUGAUCCUCGCGUCGUGUUUCUGUACGAUUGUUCUUGUCUAUUCUCCUUCUCAUUUCCUAAAUUGUCGGCAGUCUCCGAUUUAUGAUCGGUUUCUGAGUGUCUCGAAACUGGCAGUAAUGUCCGAACUGAAAGAGCGGCUGCUUCCUCCAAGACCAGCUUCUGCGACGAACCUUAAGGAUUCAGUGUCAAGGCCUUCUGCUUCUGGAAGACAACCUCUGAAAGGAGUUGAUGUUUCGGGUCUCAAGAAACGAGGUCAAGGGCUUCGGUCAUGGAUUCGUGUCGAUACUUUGGGCGACACCCAAGUCAUUGAGGUUGACAAGUUCACAAUGAUGCGUCGGUGUGACUUGCCGGCUCGUGAUUUAAGGCUCCUCGAUCCUCUGUUUGUGUAUCCGUCAACAAUCUUGGGCAGAGAGAAGGCUAUUGUCGUGAACCUAGAGCAGAUCCGUUGUAUUAUUACAGCAGAUGAGGUUCUGCUGUUGAAUUCCCUCGACAAUUAUGUGUUCCGGUACGUGGUUGAAUUGCAGCAGAGACUGAAGACCAGUUCUGUUGGCGAGGUUUGGCAGCAGGACAACGAUUUUGGGAAUUCAUCCCCUGAUUAUUUACCUUUCGAGUUUAGGGCUCUUGAGGUUGCUCUAGAAGCUGCUUGUACGUUCCUCGAUUCCCAGGCUUCUGAGUUGGAGAUUGAGGCAUACCCGUUAUUAGACGAGCUCACAUCGAAGAUCAGUACCUUAAACUUGGAACGUGUACGCAGACUGAAAAGCAGACUUGUAGCAUUGACGAGAAGAGUUCAGAAGGUGCGGGAUGAAAUUGAGCAGCUAAUGGAUGAUGACGGGGAUAUGGCGGAAAUGUAUCUAACCGAGAAGAAGAAAAGGAUGGAAGGGUCUUUCGAUGUUGAUCAGUCAUCACUCGGUAACCGAUCAAAUGAUUGUCUAUCUGUCUAUGCACCAGUUUCUCCCGUCUCUUCUCCUCCUGGUUCUCAGAGACUCGAGAAAAGCUUGAGCAUUGCCAGAAGCCGCCAUGACAGUGCGAGGAGCUCAGAAGGUGCAACUGAGAAUAUAGAGGAGCUAGAAAUGUUGCUUGAAGCCUAUUUUGUUGUCAUUGAUAGCACACUAAACAAGCUGACGUCGUUAAAGGAAUACAUUGACGAUACCGAGGAUUUUAUCAACAUUCAACUGGAUAAUGUCCGGAAUCAGCUGAUCCAAUUCGAGCUGCUGCUGACCACUGCAACCUUCGUAGUAGCCAUUUUCGGGGUUGUGGCUGGAGUCUUUGGGAUGAACUUCGAGAUAGAUUUCUUUCAACAGAGAGAUGCAUUCAAAUGGGUUCUGAUAAUUACUGGAUCAUGCGGCAUGGUUAUAUUUUUGGCAUUCAUCUGGUUCUUUAAGUAUAGAAGACUAAUGCCCCUAUGAAGAUGUUGAUGCUCACAAACAAGAUGAUUUCUGAUAUUCUUUUGGGUAUAUGCCUAUUUAUUGUUCA